AUGACGUCUACAACAGAGGAGAUGCAGCUGGAAAUCAAGUCUCUCCAGAAACUUGAUAAGCCUCACUGGGUCACCAGUUUUGAGGCCAGCUCCUCACGGCUUCUCAGGAUCAAAAGGACAGAGGAGUUUCAUCUGCACCAUCACCAGAGUUCUUCAGCUGCAAAGAGAAGAAUGGAAGAAAGGAACACCAGUGGAGGGAAUCCAAGCCUGAAUCCAAAUAUCCUUGUGUUGGGGACGACACUCGCACCAAAGAAUGGAAGCAGUCUGACUACAACUCGUCCUGUGGAAUACCUGAUUCUGGGCUCCCUGAUCAUCAUCAUCGCCCUGGUUGGACUGGGAGGAAAUGCAACUGUGAUUUGGCUACUGGGCUUUCGCAUGCGCAGAAAUGGCUUCACUGUCUACAUCAUCAACCUAGCCAUAGCUGAUUUCCUCUUGCUCUGCUGUGUCAUCACAGAUCGCCUUCUUGCCAUCAGUUUUUCCCAUCUUUCCUCCAAACCCUUGAAUAUUAUACAGUUACUGCAGUAUGUGACGGUAUUCCCAUACAUUGUGGGCCUGAGCAUCCUCAGUGCAAUUAGCACUGAGCGUUGCCUGUCCGUCCUGUGGCCCAUAUGGUACCGAUGCCAUCGCCCCAGAAAACUGUCAGUCAUCAUGUGUGCCCUGCUCUGGGCCGUGUGCCUGAUACUGAGCAUCUUGGAAGGAAGAUGCUGUAUCUCUUUUGUUCAAAACAGAUUCAUUCAUCAGUGUAAGAAUAUCGAUUUUAUAAUAACCUCCUGGCUGAUUUUUUUAUUUACGGUGCUCUUGGCAUCCAACCUCACCCUUGUGGUCAGAGUCUUCUGUGGGUCACAACACAUACAGCUGAGCAGGCUGUAUGUGACCAUUCUGCUCACCGUGUUGGUCUUCCUCCUCUGUGGUCUGCCCUUUGGCCUUUUCUGCUUCCUCAUAAGCCAGACUUCGCAUUCUUAUUCUAAAUAUUUUGGCCAUUUUUUCCUGGUUACAGCUGUCCUCUCCAUUGUUAACAGUUGUGCCAACCCCAUCAUUUACUUUUUUGUUGGCUCCUUUCGGCAGCAGAAGAGGCAGCCCCUAAAGCUGGUUCUUGAGAGGGCUCUGCAGGGCACCCCUGAGGAUGAUGAAUGA